AUGGAUGCCUCGCAGCAGGAACUAAACAGUGAAGAGUAUAAUAUCGACAACAUUAUCGAGUCGGCAGUAGAUGAACUGCUGCAGCAAAAGGUUACAUCUCACAGUGAUUACGAUGAUAUCGACGUACUUCUUCUUUCGCUGUGUCGCCUUUGUGCCCGAGAAGCUCCUCAGCUGGUCAAAACAUCCGACGUUGACUGGAUGCUGAUUUGUUGUCUGAAAAUAACUGGCAUCGACGGGUCAACCUCUGGCACCAGUAUUUGUCACAGUUGUAUGAAGUCUUUGGAGGACAUUCAACAGUUUCGGGGCCUGUGUGAGGAAGGCCAAAAGCGUAUCAUAGCGAUGCUGACGCAGCAAAACAUGCUACCGGAUUUUCUCAACCUAGACUUUACGGAUGCAAAGAAAGAAGCGACCAUGGGUUUGAAUUCCCCCGAGAUUAAGCCACAGUAUCAGGAUGAGCCAACGUUAGACACGAUAAAAGAAGAACAGAAGAAGCUACCGGCUACUGAGGAGAAACACAAAAACCCUGAAGAAUACAAAGUACCUACCGGUGCUUCUUCCACUCGUGGCCAUAAAAAUAACCUGCCAAGGAAAGCAGCAUUAAAAGUACAAGAGUUGGUAAAAACAUUAGCAUCGGCCGAUAGUGAUUUGGAGACUUCGGAUUCGGACGAAUUCAGGCCUGAGAGGGAACAGGAGCGCCAUAGCACUGAUGAAUCCGAUCAGGAAAUUGAUCAACAAAAUUUUACUAAAAAUCGGAAAAAGAAAUCAAAACCAACCACAGAUGGUAGCGGGAAGAAAAGCACAUCCCAGAAGCUGGAAUCUCGCCGACGAAUGGUGGACGGACGUUUGGAAUGGGUCUGUCUCGACUGCGAGCUGGUAUUCGAAAGCUGUUUCAAGUUGAAAAAGCACCGUCAAAACUGUGAACUGGUUGGAAGCGAACGAUCGAAACGAUACGGAACGUUCCCAUGUGAAACGUGUGGCGAUGUGUUGAACACAUUCGCGGCCUUAUGUUUGCACCGGUACAAGCAUGAGACGGCGUUGGCAGCUGGAAAGGAUAAAAAGGAAAAGGUAGAGAAGAUCUGUCACGUGUGCGGGAAGAUCUUCAAAUCCGCCCGUUCGUUGAACAAACAUCUCGCCAUACACUCGGACGAGAAAAAAUACGUCUGCCAAAUCUGUGAUAAAAGUUUCGCGGGAAAGCGGUACCUUCGGAACCACCUGGAUGUACAUUCCGACUCGAAGCGGCACGAGUGCGUCACCUGUGGUAAAAAGUUCAUGACCAGUAUUUCGCUGCGGAACCAUCGGGAAACCCACAAACCCAACUAUCUUCGGCAGCAGUGCAUGAUUUGUCCGAAGCGGUUCGCCCAUCCUUACCGGUUACGGAAACACAUGAUGGUACAUACAGACGAGUUUCCCUAUAGCUGCGAAAUAUGCCUUUCCGUUUUUCGUAAGGCGUGUCAAUUGAAUCGCCACAUGGAAAAGGGCCAUGGGCCACCACAGUGCACUACGGUUCAACCCGAACGACUCGACGAAAUGGUUGACUUUGAUGACAUGAUCGUAUACCAACCGGAGGAUGAUCUAGCAGCCAUGUUCGAUACGAUGAAGGACGAUCUCCCGCAGUUAACACAAACCGGUGUGAUCGAUACGUUGCCUGAGGAACAACCGUUCGCAACCGAUCACUUGCUGGCUGAGGCCACGCGGGAAUUUACGGUGCAGUGUUUUCCGGAGGUGCACGAAGCCGAUAAUGAGAUCUAUUGUUUUAUGGAAUUUUAAUAAUUAAAUCUUCCGCUACGGUACGCUUUGCUGUAUAUGAAUAUAGGUAAAAUGAAUCCAGAGUGAUAUAUUUAUUCUAUCUUUGUGUGAUAUGUGAAUUAUAAACCGAUAAAAAGAAAAAUUGUGUAACUUGUUCUUUCAAUGCUUUUUACACGAAAUGGGUUUAAAAUGCGCAAAAUUUAAAAUUAUACUUUCAUCAGUUUUUAUUUGUUAAUUUAAAAAAAAAACAACUUCUAGUGCUUAUGUACAAAAUAAAAUUACAUUCAUAAAAUAUUCGAAAACAAUCAUUUGCGACUUACAUCUGUGAGGGGAGGGGAAAAAUACACUUCCGAUUCAACUUAAGUCUAAUGAGAUUUCUUCAAACUGCUUUUCUGUGGCUUAAU